AUGAGGUUAGGUACGAGUUGUCACUGGAUGUCACCAAAUUUGUCACCCUCUUUGGUUUUCACUAUUGCGUUGACUGAACACAUUGAAAAUUGGUGGACGCCGUCUUUCCUCCUGAGGCCUUAAGGCCAUGAUGAAUAUUGGUGUAUAGCUGAAAUGUGAUGAGCAAUAUAAUAGGAUGGACAAUUUAAUAGACGCCCACUGGUUUCCUUUAGCUUCGCAAGGAAAUAUUUAUUCCAUGACCAAAUUAUGCUCAGUAAUUGGUUCGAACAAAGUUCUGGUUGCAUCGUUAAAGCGAAAAAUUUACUCGUGCGAGUACAAUAGAACACCAAAACGUCGUCACUUGAGGCCUUUAGUCAAGGAGCUCCUCUUUACUUACAUUCCUAGUGGAGCUGAAAUAAUCUCAAUCGACGCUUACAACAAAUUAUCCAUAGGAGAUGAGUUUGUAAUUGGAAUUACCAUUAUCAAAACAAGCAAUGAGUCGACCCUUGAGCGAUACCUAAAUAUUUACACAGAGGGUGGGGGAGAUGGGGAAAGCGAUGAGAAUAGUAGCAUAGAAACGGUGGCGCAAAAUUGUCUCAUGGUAGAGCUGGCAUAUACCCCUUGUCAUUUGUACCAUACAACCUUGCUUGGCGGUGCAGAUGACUCUAUGCAAGAGACAGUCUGGUUAUUGUCAGGAAACGAUAACAAAAUCCAUAUGAUAAAAGAAAACAAGGAAAGCCACGAUUAUGCAGAAUCGCCUUUAGACAAAUAUUUUCCCGAAUUGGAUAAACUGGAAGGAAUAGCAACUUGGAUAGAUAUAUAUUACUACCUAAACCAGACAAGAAGACUGACAGCUGUUGGGUGUGAAUGUGGUCUAGUUAAAGUCAGUUUGGUUAAUGUGAUGGAAAUGCAAAUCAUUCGAAACUGGACAUUGAGAUAUGAUAAACCAGUAUCGAGCGUCCGCAUAUUUUCUAAUGAGAACAAGCUGGAUCAACCAGUAUUUAUCUGUGACAAAGAGAGCUGUUCCCAAGAAGCAAUUCUGGAGCCAAGUCUAAAUGUUCUUAUCGUUAAUGCAGUUUGUGCCUCUGUAGUGUUCACGGAUGUAUUGCAAAAUGACAUGGGCAGCGAUGUCAGACUUCCAGGUAGUGAGACCUCGGACUGUGUACUUUGCUCUUGCAUUGCUGACAUUAACAUGGAUGGCAAAAACGAGAUUCUGCUUGGGACUUAUAAUCAAGAGGUAUUGGUUUACACACACGUCAACGACACUUGGGAACUCACAGAACGAAGAUUAUUCGAUGCUCCAGUACAUUCGAUGGCUUACCUAGAUCUUACAGGAGAUGGAAUGAAGGAACUUAUCGUUUUGACACUUAGAGGAGUUCACGUUCUACAGCACGAUCCGGUACAAGUUAAGAAAAAGUUUGCGGAACGUUUCAGAAAAUAUCUCAUUGUUAAGGAUUCGGGAUAAAGUUUCAUGCCAUCAAAUCGGUACUUUUCUCAUUUACAAUAACGUAAUGUACAAAAUAAACAAAGCUCAAUGAUUUAAAAA